GAUCAUGUCUCGUCAUUCAUGCUGGCCUCAUUGCAAGCGAAGCGGCCCUACAAUCGCGCUUCGUUCGAGUUGAUGCAGUUAACCACCCCGACCCUCCUCCCAUGGAUCCACUAAGCGCCUUGAGCAUUGCCGCCGCCGGCGUACAGUUCGUCGACUUCGCCACCAGGCUGCUCUCGGACACGGUCGAGAUGCACAAGUCGGCCACGGGACAGACCGAUCGAGCCGCUCUAUUGAAGCGGGUCGCUAGCGACCUCGAUUUCCUGACAUCCCGGAUUCAGGAGAAGCGGUCCCAGUUCCUGGAUACCGCGCCCGCCGGCUCUCCGGAUGCCAUAUUUCUCGAGGCUUGCAAGCAGUGCAAUGAGAUUAGCAAAGAGCUGGCUGGUGUCCUCCAGACCUUGGCCGUGGAAGAGUUGCCGCAACGAAGGCGCAGGUCGGCAAAGGCCCUGGGUGCCGCCAUCCGGGGAAUACUGUCCGACCGCAAGAUCACGGAGCUCACGACAAAGUUGGAGACCGUUCAGCGGCAAAUGCAGAUGGCAGCGCUGAUAUCCUUGUGGGAAAAGGCGCAAGAACAUGGCAGCGCCCUCAGCCUAGCCUCCCAGCAACAGGCGGACAUGGUUGCAGCACUGGAUCGCGUUGACGCGACUACACGAGACACUGCCAACUACCUGAGGGACCUCGCAAGCGAAGACAGUACUCGUUUACAACGGCAAGAUCGGCAGCAGCUGAUUCGGGCCAUGUGGUCGGCCAAAUGGUCGCCGCGAGCAAGGCAUCUCGACGCAGGGCCAGUCGAUACCACGUUUACCGAGUUGGCCCGGGUGCACAUCGUGGACAGCCUCAGAUUUCCAUCGCUCGAGGACCGCGAGGACGCAAUUCCGCGGGCACACGCGCGGACUUUCGAGUGGCUGUUUCAGCCGCACGCAGACAGGGGGCCUGACCCGGCGCCGUCAUGGUCCGACUUCCCAGCUUGGCUUGAAGCAGACACGCGCGAGAUAUACUGGAUCACCGGCAAACCAGGGUCGGGAAAGUCGACUCUCAUGAAGUUCGUGACACGCCAUCCCCGCCUCCGAGAGCAUCUCUCCGUAUGGGCCGGAUCGCAGCAGCUGCUGGCGGCAUCCUUCUACUUCUGGAACGCCGGGACCGAGCUGCAGAAAUCCCACGAAGGGUUGUUGCGAACGAUCCUCGUGCAGUGCAUGACACAGCGGCCUGACUUGAUACCUCGUGUCUGCGAAAGGCGAUGGGCAUGUCUGGAAAUGUUCGGUCUCGGAGCCGCCAGUGACUUGCCGCCUUGGGAAUGGGAUGAACUUAUGGAAUGUCUGAAGGGCGUGGCAUCUCAAGCAGGGCGCGAAUACCGUCUGGUUCUUUUCAUCGAUGGACUGGACGAGUUUGCUGGCGACCAUACGAAGCUUGUGAACCUUGUCAACGAAGUCAGUCUCUGGGAUGGGGUCAAGGCCUGCGUCAGCAGUCGACCCUGGAACGUGUUCAACGACGCUUUUCACAAGAAGCCCAGUCUCGUGACCCAGAACCUCACCAAGAACGAUAUCGACAAAUACGUCAAGGACAAUUUCGAGUCGCUACCCGCAUUCAAUGAACUUCGAGGCAUGCAGCCUACCGUGGCCGCUAGACUCCUUCAGGACAUCGCGUCGAGGGCGCAGGGCGUGUUUCUAUGGGUCGCCGUCGUCGUUCGAGCUCUCGUCAGCCGUCUCACAGAAGGAGACCAACUCGCGGAACUGCAGGCAACACUCGAUGAACUGCCGCAAGACGUCGAAGAGCUGUUCGAGGCUAUUCGUCGCCAAAUCAACGCCAGGCACCGAGCACACUUGGCCCGGUAUAUCCUCCUCAAGCUCGCCUCAUCCGCAUCCGGGGACAAUGUGAAGCUUCCUGCCGUGACUAUGCUGUUGGCUGACGAGGAUGAGGAGGGCCCGAUCCACCAGGGCCUUUCUCCCAUGGACGAAGCCAAGGAAGCGAGCAUGAUUGCUGUGAUGCGCCGUCGCCUGUACAGCCGAACCAUGGGGCUCCUCGAAAUCGGGCCUAGAGGAGAAGUGCAAUUUUUUCACCGCACCGUGUUGGAAUGGGUCACACGCAAUGAGAACCUUGCAGCCCUCACAAGUGACGCAUCGGCGGACUUCGACCCGCAUCUGGAGCUCCUGAAGGCACUUACAACCGAGUUCACAAGCCUGAAGCUUGGCUGGAUGUAUGAAAGGCUUGGUUUUGUCUUUCCCGGACCCCCCACGAUGGGUAUCGAGGCGUCGGUAUUCUGGCAUUUGUUUGAACACCGUCUUCUUCAUGCCGCGUUGGUCAUCCGCAACCCUCGGAACGACGCCAGGGUCGUUCGGACGCUGCAGAAGCUCGUGGAUUAUGCGUAUAAAACAGCCCGGCUAAACCGCUAUGACGAGAGCCAGGUAUUACAAAUGCUCCUUGGCAGUCCGCCUAAUCAACCCCGUCGCGUCAAUGACCAGCUGGACAUGGUGCGCUUGGCAGCGAGGUCUGCGGUCUUCCCAUUCGUUGCCGCCAAGAUCGACAAAUUCGUUCUGCGCAACCAUGAGGACCUGUUUGCGCUCCUGUUGAACGACAUCGUCUUCGGCUACACUCAGUUCAGCGACACACGGUGGCGAUUCCGCAACGUGCGCCUUCGAGAGGCUGGGUACAUCCUCUUCCAAGAAGACCUAGAGGGCAAAUGCGACUCGUCGUCUUCCUCCGGCCAGUCCACCUCCAAGCACAAGGGCUCCUCGACUUCCUCCAAGCAACCCUGUGUCUGCAAGGGAAGCCCGUCGUGCAAAGACCCCCGCCACUGCAAGUCGACGACCGGUUCCUCCGCCGAGCUCCAAUGCUCUGCCUGCCGAGCCGCGGGUUGUCCCUCAGCCAGCACCUCAACCUAUCCCCCGGGCAAUAGCGGCAGCUACGGCGCCGGCUCCGGCACUGACACCGACUACGACACGGGCUACGCCACCGGCCUCUCAGCGGGUUAUGACGCCGGCUAUGCCGCCGGCUAUGGUGCCGUCUACGGCCUGGACAACUACUCAGCCUACUAG